AUGAUCAAUGCACUUGAAGCAGAUGUUUCAAGAGAGCGUGAGUUGGUAAAAUCACUAUUUUCUAAAAUCCAACCACUAAAAGAUGCCUUAAAAGCAUAUGAGACGACUGGAAUGGAAUUUGCAAAGGUCAAGGAGGCUAAUGAGAGAAUCGAAAUGGAAUUGGUUCAAUUGGUAACUAAUCUUGUUGAAAUGGAAACAUUGGUUGAAUCAAGAACUUAUGAGCUUCUUGAACUAAGAAAGGAGUUAGAGAUGGCACAAGCUCUUUCUCAAGAUAAUGAGGCAAUUGCUAUCGAAUCCAAAUAG